AUGCUACAGCCAUCGUUACUUCAGCUCAAACGCUACAGUCAUCGUUACUUCGACUCAAACGCUACAAUCAUAACUACCUCCAACUUUAGUAGCUUGAUAUGUGCCCACAGCGGAGUUGCUGCUACAGAGGUCAUGAAGUGAGUCGUGUCGGCCAAGAUCGUAGGAAACAACCAUAACAAACGACAGAAGCAGCUACAGUCUUGACAUGAUCAUCCAUCGUCUACUACAUUAGCUACAGCCAGCGUUACUUCCAACUUUAGUAUAACAUCCAACAUAAUCAGCUAGUCCUGUCAUGGGCAUCCAUUUCAUAAGCUACAGCCAUCGUUACUUCAAACUUAAUCGUACAAAUCCAUCGUUACUUCCAACUUUAGUAUAAUAUUCAUCACAAUCAGCUACAGUCUUGACAUGAUCAUCCGUCGUGCACAUAAGCUGCAACCACCAUUACUUCAACUCCAAUGCUAA